UCGGUAUGUUAUUAGUGUCAAGCUAUUAUAAUAUCAUUGGUCUAUUCCCACAUCUAACGUUGUGAAGAAAACAGUUCAGAAAUGAACACCUCAAUUUCUCUUAAGAAGAAUUUCAAGAAAUUCUUCCAUUCCACAAUAGAUUCACCCCGUAAUCUAUGGGUCUUCUCAAAGACUCUACCUUUCAUUGGUGGUUUGGUUGCAAGCUACACAUUUGUUGAAAUAUCGGUGGUGUUUAUAUUGAUGGAUUACCUCACAGAUUCAAGGGGCAACGAUCAGCGGAUAGCUGCUGUUGUUACGAAUCUGCAAGAUGUUCUAUCAUCUAUCCUUUUUAUUUUUGUAUCUUCAAUAUCCAAAGAAUAUACGGGUUGUUUCACUAUGAUCACAUUUUGCGCUGCAGCUUCCAUCGAGGGUUUAAUGCUACUAUGGACAUCUAUAUCAGCUUCAACAGAUAUAGUGGUCUAUGCAGGGAUAUUCCUCCUUGCAUUAGGGAAAAGUGGUCAAAAGCUUUCAGAAAUUUUUUACAAAUAUCAGUUGCAAGAGAAAAUUAAAGAGAAAAAGGAACACGACCAUGAGGGUACAGUUCUUACUAAUAUCUGGUUGUUCGCUCCAUCGAUUCUUGGAUAUAUCAUAACCGCUUAUACUACCAUUGAAGUUCAUGAAUCGUACGACCAAAGCUUUAGAUUUGGGGCAAUUCUCAUGGGAGGGACUUAUAUGUUUUUCCUCUUUGGUUGUAAGUGGUAUAGGCUCGAAAAAUUGAGUGACGAAAGCAAUCUACGCAUGAUCUUUAGAAUAUGCAAGGCAGCAUUUGGGAAACGGGAUUUAAAGUAUCCACCCUCACCGAAUUUUUAUUACUGGAAGGAUCAUAAGCAUAAUAAGAACCAUGAUUUAUAUAAACAUGGUAAAGGAUUAAGGUUAUCGCCACGAGUUCCGCGGUUUUUCAGGUGGUUGGACAAAGCGGCUAUAGUUAAAGCAGAAGAAGAAAUGAGUCCCGAGACGCAAGAAAAGAAUGGGAAGCUUUGCACAGUAAAAGAAGUGAGGGAAGUGAAGAGCCUUGUUCCUAUGAUCUACCUCGGCUUUACCUUCUCUGCUUACGGUUUACUAGUGGCCACAGGGAACGUUUUCUUUCUUACACAAGCAAGCGGCAGCAUGGAAUCAAAUAUCACUACCAAUGGUAAUGAUAUCGGUAUUCUUUUUUUGAUCAAGGAGGGCGUGAAACUUAUCUCACCAUUCAUCUUCUUUAUUAUCAGUUUCCCAUUUCGAUGCUUUUUGAGAAAUUUCAAAGCUAACGAUGGUAGGAAGCCAAAAGGAAAUGCAGCCACAAUUGUAAGAAUUGGUUUUGGCAUGGUUUGUGCGGUAAUUUGCAGCCUCGUAGCAUGGCAUAUGGAGGUUCCUGGCAAGAACACGACAGUGGCCUUAAUUCCACAAUUUUCGCUGUUGGGAAUGACGGAGGGACUUGUUGAAGGUGGGUUGGCGAGUUUGUUCCAUGGCCAAGUAGCGAAUUCAAUGUGGUCUUUUGAGGAUUCAUUUACUGAAUUGGUGAUUGGGUGUGGCAAACUCCUCAUUAUACCAUUUCUGUUCAGUAGCUGGUUCAACGAAACCGAUGGCCGUUUGGGCAGUUACUAUCUGAUGUUGGGAAUAUUGAACGGUGUGUUCCUUCUCGCUUUUGCGUACUAUUCCAUUAGAUAUACAUACAAGGAAGAGUGUCCGGAGGAUGAAAAAAUUUCAGAGGAGCAACCAUUGGAAAAUGUUCAUCCAUCAGACUCACAUGAUUCUCGUGCGGAAGAUAUUAAUGAAGCAUUGUCGGUGGAAGAGGAGGACCCAUUAGAUACGAUUAUGAUCGAAGAACGAAUUGAAGAAAACGAAGAGAAUGUAUGAUUUUCAAUACAGGUUGAUUUUCAGGUUUACCAUUCGUGACGCAACAUGGCUGCUUGUUAUCUAGUGCAUUGAUAAUUUAGAACAAAAACAAAAAGACUGUAUCCAAAUCUUUAGGAUAAAUUAGUCAUUUUUUUUAUUUUUUUUCUUCAUUAGACAAUUUUUUAAUGUAAUUUGAUAAAGAAAAGUGUCUAGAAUAUUUAUUCUAUGGAAAAUCCAUAUCACUAACUUUAAUAGGGUCAUUUUCUAUUAAUAAAUCUCUCAAAAUUGUAUCAAUAUUCUUUUAUUGACUUGGAUCAUAUAUAUUUUUUCAAAAGUAGAAUCCUAUAGUAUUC